AUGAAGAGAAUAAGUUUAAAUAGACUUAAACAAGAAGCUACCAAAUUUGACUCCCUUAAGUCUACUAUUUCUACACUUGAGGAUCAGGGGAAAUUGCAAUAACUUUUUGAUAUAAUUCUGUCUAUAUGCUCGUAGGAACGAGCAAUUAAGAGCAUUCACUAGUAACUCUUGCAGUCAUGCUAUCAAAAUAAAAAUCCCUCGCUUGGGCCAUCAAAGAACGGUAAAGAAAAUAAAAAUAACAUUAAUAAUGAUGAGUGCAAUAUCGAUUUAAUGGAGGAUGGACUCAAAGAUAAUCUAAAGCUAAUAAUGUAAAUGAUGAUUGAUGAUAUAUGGAAAAAUUAUGACUCUUAUACAGUUGGUUAAAAGGUACAAGAGUAGAGGUAAAAUUAGUAAUCAGCACUAUCGGGAAAAAAGAAUAUAGAGUCAAUGAAACAGAGUAGGCUAUUCCAAGAGCAAAGAAUUUCAGUAGCCUCAUCAACUUUUAACAGAGACUUUAUUGAGCCAGUUCAUCAUCAAAAUAAAAAAGUUCCACCAGCAUAAUCAAGAUUAGGAUCUCACAAUCAACAUCAGUAACAGCAAUAAUAACAUCACUAAGUCAACCAUUUAAUUAUUGAUGAUAUAUCGAGUAGCGAUAUGAGUGACUAGUCCAUGAUAAAUCCAGCAACUGCUGCAGCAAUCAGCGAGGACAAAGAAAACUUGACCCUUGAUCAGAUAGCAAACAUAAAACAUCAGAAUAGCAAUGGAGGCGGGAAGUCAGGCAUUUUUAACUAUAAUUCGAACAAUACUGAUUACGGAUAAUAGCAUUAGCAGAUACAUGUGAAGCCCAAAAAGAACUGGGCAGAUACACAGACACGCAGACACACUGAAAAUCAUCACUACCUAAAUUCGAAUCAGUUCAGGCUUCAAAGUGAGUCAGAACUUCUAUUAAGUCAAUUCUAAACACCUUAAUACAAGCAAUCAGAGAUUGGAAACCCUAUAAGUAGCCCGCAUACUGAUGAGAGGGAUUCUCUUAUUUAAUAGCAGCGUAUCGCUAAGCAAAAGCUUCUUGGCAUAAACUUGCUUAGCUAAGAAAAUUCCGCUAAAGACUCUGUCUGUCACAAGAAGCAGCAAAGAAUCUUAAGUGAUAACUUUAUGACAUCUUCUCAAGCUGAUAAUAGAGUUAUGGAGCAUCCAAACUUAAGUUUAGCAGAUCUAGAUAGUAAUUAGAGACAUCAUCCAAAGGAAUCAACACCUUAGCAUUUGCUGGUAAAUGCGAAGAGUCACUAGUAAAUGGAGGAGAUUAUGCUUAAGAACAUUUGGGAGAUCGAGAACAAUCCUAUCUUUAGCAGUGGCGGUUCAAUUAGUGAUGAAAAGGAAUUCACUAAUAUGGAUGCUGGAGUGGUUAAACAAUUCAAGUAAGAAAGCUUUAAGGCAAAACAGUCAGUAGUUAGUUAAAACAAAAGAAUAAACUAUCAGAAGAUAGAUCUUGAUAGUGAUGACUAGCUUAGAGAAAGUGAUGUUGAAAUAUAGAUUGAUAACUAUUCUAGACAUAGCAAGAGACUAGAAGCAAAACCUAUUGAGAAGAAUUAAAGGCAUUAUGAUGGGCCAAUACAAAUAGAUGAUGACAGUGAGUACAACAAUGAAGAUGGGUACAGCAAUAAUGAUGGAACCGAUGAAUAACUGACUAAUUAGUACAUCACAAGAAAGUAAGAUUACACAAGCAGUUAGCAUCAGUAAGAUGUGUUCAGUGAAAGUAGAGUGCCAGUUACAUCAAUUGAUGGGCACAUGCCAAAGCUUAAUUAUCAAGCUCACGAGGGAGUAGAGAAAAAGAUAUCAAAACUAAAUCUGAAUUAAGGGGUUCUUCAAUCACAACCUAAUCUACUAUUCCAGUUUUAACAGCAAGCAUUUGAAAAUGAGUAUGAAAAUAGUACUUAGUAAUUAGUAAUGGACCAAUAGUAUCUUAAGAACAUCCCAAAGACUGGAAGAGAUCACUAUACCAACAAAUCUAAAUAGAAUCAUACCUAAUAAAAUCUAAAGCAAGCAGUGAAUCUUUUGAACAGCUAAAACAAUCUCUAUAACACUACCUAGGACAGCAAUAGUUUGAUGCUAUCUUCUGAUUAGCCAACUAAAAUUUCAGCUGAGGAGGUUAUAAGAAAUUACACUAAUGCUAAUUUUAUGCCUUAGAAACAGGCUAGUGAUAGACUGCAUCUACUAUGUCAAUCUAGAGAGUUAAAUCCCUUGGUAUCACUCUCAGUAGAAAAUGAUGAUGAAAAUGGAAAGCAUCACUCUCCACAUAAGCUUAAGCUAGUUCCCUAAACUGCAAGAGUUAACAGUCAGAAUAAGCUUGUUGACUCCAAUUCAAAGAAGAAAAAGUAAGACUUAUUAAAAGAAUCUCUAAAGUAUCAGCAAAUGAAGAAUUAAGGCAAAAGAGAGAAUCAAAACUAAGCUCCAAAGCAAGCUGGCAAGAACACUUAACUUGAGAUUCAAUGUUAAAUAGCUAGCAAUCAAAAUAACCAAUAGUCAUUAUAGCAAUCUCAAAGCAGGAGUACAAGCCGAUCAAAGACCCCUCUAAAUGCCAGACCUAUGACAUCUCAAAGCCAGAUACAGUCUAGAAACAUUGCUAAGAAGUAGUAUCAAAUCUAGCAAUGUAUGACUUAGGGUAAUAUAAUGAAAAAAGAUGAUAGCGGACUAAUGGCUAAUGAAUCAAAGCUCAAUAACUAUAGCUUGAUAAAUAAACUUGCCUCAUCAACUGAACAUGAAAGGAGAUUAACUACAUCUGCCUCUCAGUAAAGUAGUAAGUAAGGAAAUGAGAGCAAAUAUAUAGUCAAUAAAUUGGCUAAGGUUAUAAAAUCUAAGGUAGGAACUUCUUCAAGCUAAAGCAGAAAUAGUAUGAAAAAGCAGAGCUCAACAGCUCCUUUAAAUAACUAUGAAAACUUUUUGAAUACAAAUAACUCUAACUAAGAUAAUAUCUAGGUCAAUUACUUAGGAACCAAUUAACAUUAAAUCAAUGUAGACUAUUCCAAUCAAGCAUUGAUAAAUAAAGCUAUCUUGAAUAAUAGCAGCGGACCUUAUACAAAUAGCUCAGCUUCUUAUAGAUAAGGAAAUAACUAAGUAAAUCAUAUAGCAUUUAACCAGGUAAAAGGCAACCAUACCACAAAGUUCUAGUAAUUUACCUUAUCUUAACAAAGAACUGAUUCUUAACAGAGUCUUAAGUCAACAUAAUCCUAGGCAAAUCAUCUCUCUACCACGAACUCAUAAAUUCAUCCCAAUCAGAGCUAGUUAACUUCUACUACAAAAAUAAACAAAUUUUCCAUGCGAAGAUUUACAGCUGAUGCGACUAAUGAUGAAUCGUAAAAUAAUAAUUACAGAGGAGGAGGUUAGAGUCAGCAGCAAAUCAAUCAUAUAAAUUCUCAAACUCAGUUAAUGAAUAUGACUUAAUUAUCUUCAAAUGUACUUGCCAAUAUUGGAUAGAGCAACUCGAGUAAGAACCUUAACUAAUCAAACACCACCUUAACUUCUAAUAACAAUCUGCCACCUCACUAAAGAAGUAUGGUCCAUCUUCAUCAAAAUUAAGGAACCAUCUCUCCCCAAUAAAUUAUUCGAUAGAUGAAACAAUAAAAUACAAAUGAUAAUAGUGCAAUAAUCACCAGUUCUGGAAGUGCAUAAGGCAAUCAAAAUGUGGGCUCUAGCAACACAAGCAGUCUAGGCUCUGGUACAGGCUAGAUUCAUCUCCAGCCACUCUAAUAAAUACCUUCAAAAGGCACUACUGCAGCUUAAAAUCAUAAAAAUGUGAUAUCUAAUACAGCUGCAGCUCAAGCCAUUAUAUAUGGGAAACUAAUAAAGAAGUAAAGAAAGAAGAUUGAUCUAUGUUGA